CAAACCCGCGAGCGACCAGCGUGCCCCCUCCCUUCGCCACCGCGGCGCGAGCUUCUCCGCAACUGCCCGGCCCCGUCCCUCGAGACCCGUCAUAACCGCCUGUUAGCAGCCAGCGGUGACACUGACCGUCCCUCCGCUGCUGGGGACAGAGCCGGAGCCUCCCCGCCCUGGAGAAGGAGAUCAGCACUCUGCUUUUCUUGUGAGCUGGGUUCUUUGGGAGCAGAGGAUCUGAGUGUCCAGUGGAACAGGGCUGAGCACUCCAGAGGGACACUUGGAGAACUGGGGUGGUGGAGUAUGCCUAUCGCCAACCUAGACGGAGACAGUGAGGCCUGUGGAGAUGUUGAAGGCAGUGCUUGUGUUUGCCAGAGGAAGCUUUUUCUUUGAAUAAGAAGUCAUCCUCAAAAUAAUCUCAAACCAUACAAUGGCCUCAGCUGUAAUCAGUUCAGUUCCCACUACUGCAUCUCGCUUUGCUCUGUUACAAGUGGAUAGUGGUAGUGGCUCUGAUUCAGAGACUGGAAAGGGAAGAAGUGGUCGAGGUGCUGGGAAGUCUCAAGCUUCAGGGGGAAAAUCAACUACAAAUGAGAAGAAGAAAGAAAAGAGGAGAAAAAAGAAGGAACAGCAGCAGAGCGAGGCUAAUGAGCUCCGAAAUCUUGCUUUUAAAAAGAUUCCUCAGAAAUCCUCGCAUGGAGGUUGUCUGUCUCAACAUGAACAAACAUUGCACAGCCCAGUGCAGAAAGACUCUCAGGAAGAAAAUUGGCAAGAGUGGAGACAAAGAGAUGAACAGCUGACAUCUGAAAUGUUUGAAGCAGAUCUUGAAAAGGCAUUAUUGCUAAGCAAACUGGAAUAUGAAGAGCACAAAAAGGACUCUGAAAAUGCUUCACCUCCCUCAAAGUCGGUGAAUAAGAAAGAGAAAAGAAAGAACCAGCAGGGAAAAGACAAACCUCUCACAGUGUCUCUCAAAGACUUUCAGUCAGACAUUAAUAUAGAUCCCCUUGCUAAAAAACACGAGGAACUGAGUUCUUCCCAGACUUUAUUGCAUGAUGGAGGAUUCUUCAAUAGACUGGAAGAUGAUGUUCAUAAAAUACUUAUUAGAGAAAAAAGGAGAGACCAACUCACAGAUUACAACGGAGUGGAUAACUGUACAUCACAUGAACAUAGUCAGGAGGCUGUUUUGAAAGAUGGAAAAACAGAACGAUUAAAGUUGGAACUUGAAAAGAAAGAUACAGAAAUUCAGCAACUGAAAAGCAUCAUUACUCAAUGGGAGGUGAAGUAUAAAGAAGUAAAAGCAAGAAAUGCACAGCUGUUGAAAAUGCUACAGGAAGGUGAGAUGAAAGACAAAGCAGAAAUACUUCUACAGGUUGAUGAAUCUCAGAGUAUCAAGAAUGAGUUGACCUUACAGGUGACUACACUUCAUGCUGCAUUAGAACAAGAAAGAUCUAAAGUGAAAUUAUUACAAGCAGAACUAACAAAAUAUCAGGGUGGGAGAAAAGGGAAGAGAAACUCAGAAUCUGACCAAUGCAGGUGAUUAUACUUGCCAUCAAGUUGAAAGCAAAAAAUCAAAUCUUGUUCUUCAGGGUUUUGCAGAAAUGUAUAUAUUUGUUGUACACUGCAAAGCUAUGCAGUUUUUUGGAAUGAAGCUAACAAUUACUAGUUUGACUGACAUUCUAAAUAGUUAAUUUGUUGCACUUUCUGUUAGUUUAAAGAAAAAAAGUAGAGAACUGUUCCAGCAGAGCUCAAACAUUGUUGCUGUUAAUGCCAUAAUUAGUUUUUCAUCAGUUAAUAAAAUUUACUCUUUCA